AUGCCGAUAGCACUUGACCCUUCAAGGCUUGAUGAAGGUGAAGGUAUAGAAACCACUCUGGUUCGAAAUGGAUCUAAAUAUCAUCAGAGUUGCCGAUUGCUGUUCAACAACACCAAGUUAGAAAGAGCACAGCAAAGAAGAGCGGUCCCGAGCACCUCCAGAGCAACAGACGAACCUCAAAGCAAGAGACGAAAAUCUGCAGACAUUCCAAAAGUGGAAUGUUUCUUCUGUGAAGAUGAUGUUAUUUUGAAUCAGCAAGAGGGGAUGACAGAGAGACUAAAUGAACACCUCAAUCAAUGUGCCAGAACCCUGAAUGAUGGAAAGCUCCUUGCAAAGUUAAGUGGCGGAGAUGUUGUUGCCCUGGAGGUUAAGUACCACCUUCGAUGCCUCCAAAAAUUGUACGAUGCUGAAAGAGCAUACCUCAAUUCCCUAGAGAAAGCAGAGAGUAGUGAUCCAGGGAAGGAUUUAUACCCAGUGGCCUUUUCAGAACUAGUUAUCUACAUCAUGGAUAGCAAAGUCACCAACACAGAAUCAUCACCGGUUGUAUUUCUGCUUGCUGACCUAACCUCACUCCACAAGCUUCGCUUGGAACAGCUUGGGGUUGAUUCACCAAAUGUCCACUCUACCAGGUUGAAGGAACAGCUACUUGCUCGGAUUCCAGAACUUGAAGCCCAUAAGAAGGGACAUGAUGUACUCCUUGCCUUCAAAGCGGACAUAGGACCAGUGAUCCAUGAAGCUAGCCAGUAUAGCAAUGCUCUCCAUCUAUCUAAGGCAGCAGAUAUCCUGAGAAAGACAAAAUUCCAGCACAAGACAAAAUUCAGCAGGCGAGUCCACUCAAAAGAUGGCUUUGGUGAAGGGAGGAGGCUGUAG